AUUAGGUUUGGUCCUGCAUGGGUCAUGCGUUUAAUUAACAAUGUGAAGGACAAUUUUCAUACCAAGUAGGAAACAACCAGCGCAAAUAAAACAUGUCCGUCAAAAUGGCGGACAAACUUCUGAUAGCUGUUUGUAUAGCGUUAUUCCCUUGGGUGAAGGCAAACCCCACAGGUUGUGUGGAGAAGCCUGGAAACUUGGAUUCGACCAUACCGACUCAGUGUACCUAUGGAUCAUUCACAACGCCUUUGUCUCAUUCUUCCUUCACCACCCUGUCCUGGCAGAGACUGGAGUUUGUGGAAUAUCAAAGCUCAUUCCAAUCCAGUCAGUUUUCAGGGUUUUCUAGUGCUUCAACUUCCGGAUUUAGCUCUCACUUUCCUCAUACAAUUACAAUCAAAUGCAAAUCAGGAAUUUCUACUUUCUCCUUCGGUGCCAAUGCGUUUUCGCAGUUUCCAAACGCACAAGAAGUAGCCAUUAUAAACUGUCCCAUCACGUCCUUUCCAGCCUCCGUCUUUAAUGGACUGACCUUGAGCAAGCUGACGAUUCAGGGCGGGAAAAUAACAUCAAUAAACGCGGACACAUUCACGGGACUGACAAUCUCUAAAAUGAACAUCACGGCAGAGGAGAGUGGGAUCAUCAUAAGGGAUUGUCCAAUCACGGGAACCCUACCAGACGGACUAUUUGCGUCGCUACCAUCACUGGAGUACCUCAUCUUGGAGAGAACAAGUCUAAGUUAUAUUGCACCAACCACUUUCACCAACUUGACUAGUCUCCACUAUCUCAGCCUGGCUAAUAACGCCUUGACGAAUAUUACUUCGGGAAUCUUCGAUGAGCUACGAGCUCUCACUGAAGUUAAUAUGGAGGGGAACAAUUGGGCAUGUUCUUGUGACAAUCUGUGGUUUCUAGAUUACAGUAUUAAUCAGAACCUCAGACUUAGUGGUGGCCCAUUGUGCGAUACGCCUACAGAAUACAAUUAUAAAAAGGCCACAAAAUACUGGAAAGAAGUCUGUCCAACACUUAAUGCCUGUGGACACAAUUUAGGUGUGGUUAUGGGUCCAGCUACAUGCGUCCUGAUGCAUGACGUGAUCAGCUAUGGAAUUGUUGUCAUCACCGUCAUCAUGUCUACCAUCGCCCUGAUCAUUAUCUGCAAGGUUCGCAAGGACUUAAAGGAUGUCCAGAACAGGCUAAAAAACAAGAGGGCGACUUCAUGGGGACGCGUGCAGGAGAUGAUGAAAAAGAAGGAAGCCGGUGGGGUAGGGGCUUCACAGAAACCGCCAUUCCCCACGAAAGCAGGAUGGGAAUAAGAUUAAUAAGGGUUUUAACGGGCUCUAACAGGAAACA